AUGACUACAGCACAUCGCCCCACGUUUGAUCCCGCCCAAGGCAAAGAGGCCCUGCGUGGCCCAGCCUACCACCAACGCCUUCUCCCUGCUUACAUGCACCUCAAAGUUCGUCAACCCGGCCAGGGCGGCGAUGCAGAUGGACCACGGGAUAUGAGAGCCGAGCUUUUGGCCGCCGAAGCCGCACACUUUGCAAAGACCAAGGGCGGCGUCCAGGACGAAUCGCCUGUCGAGCCUACUGCCUCCAACCGUAAACGGGAGCUCGAAGACAAUGUGCAAGAGAACCUCGACGAAGAAGACAUGGAAGCAAAACGGCGGCGGGUUUUGGAAGAGACGCGCGAUAUAGAUGCAGAUUCGGUGGGAUCGGACAGUGAAAGUAGCGAAGAAGAGAGUGAUGACGAAGAGGACGAAGCUGCGGAGCUGAUGCGAGAACUCGAGAAGAUCAAAAAGGAGAGACAAGAACAGAAAGAGAAAGAGGAACUCGCGCGUCAAGCCGAAGAACAAGAGCAACGGGAAUACGACAUUGCCCGCGGAAACCCAUUACUGAACGCUCAGGACUUUAACAUGAAACGCCGAUGGGACGACGACGUUGUCUUCAAGAACCAGGCCCGCGGUACCGAAGGCAAACAGAAUCCGGAAUUCGUCAACGAUCUCUUGCGGUCCGACUUUCACAGACGAUUUAUGUCAAAAUACCUCUAUAGACUUGAAUCGCUUUUGUAUCACACAUCCUAUAUCGCAUACUCGGAACAAUGGAUUCCCAAGCGACAAGCAAAGCUCUACACAGUAUGUCCCCAUAACAAACGGAAUCCCUCUCUCUGUGUUUACCGCAUCAACACCAAUGUCACGCAAUUACUGCAACGAUUCGAGAACAUAAUUGCGCCUGCCAAGGUUGAAACGCCAGAUAACACAUACACUGCCGUCGGAACGUACAAUCUCAAUGUGGAAGCUACAGCUCUGACCCGCGCCGCAGAAGACAUGCUCUCCCUCACACGCCUCAUGAAAGAAGUCUGGCUCUUCGAAAAACUCAACACGGUCGGCGAGGACGAGCACGAGACAAGGCGAAACAAAAAACUUGACGAGGAUGCGAGCGCUGUGCAAGAGGCAGUAGAGGAGGAGCUUGCGAGGGGGUCGAAUGGGAGGACAAAGUGA